AACAUAGGUAUCAGGAGGAUGAUGAUGUUUUUUAAUGAACAUGAAAUCUUCAAAGACUCGUGAAACGUGGUUUUAGGUAAAAAGUAGAUAGUCUUUGAAGCCCAUUCAUUCAUGUUCAUUAGUCUGGGAGCCAAAAUAAUGGUUUCUUUUUACAUGCUUCAGCUUCUUCUUUUUUUAUUCAGCUUCUCAACUCAUCAAAACGCUUUCUUCUCCAAACCAUUACGCGAAGAUCUGUUCAUGGGCCUGAAAUGUUCCUUUUUUUUGUUUGGCGACAAAGAUGCAUACACUUUAUGGAUUGAAACCAACCCAAAAAAUUAUCAAUUUAGAAUUUUUACCGAUCAUCCAAUCCAUCCCCUUUUGUCAUUUCAAUUUUUUUGAUAGGAAACUAAAUCGUCACUACAAACAGAGCAAGAGAACACAGUAACGUUAUAACAUUUCCAAACUCAAAAAGAAAAACACAGCAUCUUCUUCACUCAUGGCCACCUCGAGAGAGCUCUCCUCGAAGCUUAUCAGAGAUUAUGAUGAUGAUGAAGAAGUAUGGGUGACACACUAUUCAUCGAACCAUCAGGUACUUCUCGUGGGCGAAGGAGACUUCUCAUUCUCCUGCAGCUUAGCCUCCCGCUUCCGCUCUGCUUCCAAUAUCUGCGCUUCCUCCCUCGAUUCAUACGAUGAUGUGGUUAGAAAGUACAGCAAGGCAAGAUCAAACCUUGCUACUCUCAAGAGACUUGGAGCUUCCCUCUUACAUGGAGUUGAUGCAACCAAACUCCACCUACACCCUCAUCUUAACUCCAGAAGAUUUGACCGUAUCAUCUUCAACUUCCCUCACGCCGGCUUCCACGGCAAAGAGACUGAUUCAAGACUUAUACAGUAAGUAUAGUGCCCCCUGUCUUCUCCCAGUUGUAUGUGUACUUAUUAUCUCAUCUUCUUUUGUUGUACUUAUAGGAAGCAUAAGGCACUGGUUUUUGGAUUUUUCC